ACCUCGGGUAAGAAGGGAGCGGAUGUGACGUCACAGUGUUUACAAUACAUCAACUCGCAGGCUAAACAAAGCGAAUUUAGGUGUUGUAAGAAUCCUCUGUUUUUUGCCGUAUAUACUCGCAGAGUUUGGCCGUGGUUGUGUUUCGAUGGGCGCCCACGGGCUUCUGGGGAACGAGCCCGAGUCUUUAGACUACUCGGUACACGAAGCCUGGAACGAGGCCACGAACGUCUACCUGCUGGUCAUCCUCGUCAGCUUCGGCCUGUUGAUGUACGCCAGAAAAAACAAGAGGAAGAUCAUGCGCAUCUUCACGCUGCCUCCCACAGCAGGCAGCAGCCCGGAGCCCAACUUCUACGACAGCCUGCAGAAGGUCCGCCUGCGGCAGCAGCUGGAGAUGUACUCGCUGGCCAGAAAAUAUGAGCAGCACCAGCAGCAGCAGCACCAGCAGCAGCAGCAGGGCCAGGCAGACAGUGUGCAGCUCUCCAUGGAAUAAAAGCAGGAGGACACACAACACAGACUGUCAGGAGAAACACUGCUGUGUCUUCAAUCUGUCUCUGCAUCACAGGAAACUACUUGAAUGGCUGCCGCGGUCACCACACCCAUCCUGUUAGCUUUUGUCUGGCUCCUCCAAGGACCUGUCUUCAUUCACCUGCUGUUUCUUCUCAGCUAAUAGCACACGUGCAGCAGCUUCAGCUCGGUGGGGACAAACAGAACACAGGAAGGCUUUGAAGAGUUUGGACACAGAUCGGGUGUAAGACACGUGACACUGACCUGGGGUGGGGAAAGAUAGACCUGUAAAGGUAGUUAUGACCCAGUACAGAAUAAGGAGUGGGUCAGUCAGGAACAGGUUCCUUUACAUGUAACAUAGACUUUAAAGUUAGGCUUUAUUUUCGUUGGGUGUGUUUGAGCCAUUACAUUAAAUUCUUGAAAUAAAACUAUGUGAAAUUAAAGGCACAUAAACCUA